AAAUGUAAACUUAAAGCAAAAAGAAUCAAUAGAAAAUCUUGUAGUCAUACUCUUUGAAAAAACAAAAACAAAAAAUACACAACUGUGGAGGAAAAGAAUGGCUCUCAUGGAGAACUGUUUUCAAGUUAGCACAGUAUGCACUACAAGAGCUGCUGCUCUACAAUGUUACCAUCCAUUUUCUUCAAAAGAAAAACUUCAUCUCCCGACAUGUAAUGUAUUUAAGAAUUCCAUACUAACCUCUUCUUUAUCAUCUUCAUCUUACCCUCAUUCCCUCAGCACCAGAUUCCGAAAAUCAAGCAUUGUCUGCAAAGCUCGUGAAGCUCUGAAUGAAGUUCAAGUGGUGACAGAUUCAAGCUGGGAUGGCCUUGUCAUUGCAAGUGACAACCCAGUUCUGGUGGAGUUUUGGGCACCAUGGUGCGGACCAUGUAGGAUGAUUGCACCCGUGAUUGAUGAACUAGCAAAAGAAUAUGCAGGAAAGAUUCUCUGCUGCAAGGUUAACACAGAUGACUGUCCCAACAUUGCCACCAAGUAUGGAAUAAGAAGCAUUCCAACCGUACUGUUUUUCAAGAAUGGAGAAAAGAAAGAGAGUGUGAUUGGUGCAGUGCCUAAGUCCACCUUAUCUGCUACCGUAGAGAAAUAUAUAGAGGCCUGAAAAAACAGAAAUGAUAAACAAUUGCCUUGCCUUUUGGCUCAAAGGGCUCCAAUGUUGUUGUGUUCAUGAAAUUAUCAUUCAUUCGAGACAGUAUUCAGGACCAUCUUCAUUAUGUUGAACUGUUAUCGUUUUACUUGUA